AUGGAAGAGUCCUAUUUACAAAUUCUUGUUAAUAAUGAAAAUUUCACAUAUGACAAAAGAUCAUGCUUAUCUAUGAAAUAUAUAUAUGAUAAAUUAUUUUUACAUUUCUGUGAUUUUGAAAAGCAGUUGAAAAUGGACAUAAAUUUAUGUCACUCCACAAGUAACAAGAGUAAAAACAAAAAGGAGAAACAAAAAAAUAUAAAUGUGAAAAAUGAAAAAAAAAAAUUAACAUACAUAUGUGCCUCCACAGCAAGUGUAAACACAAAUAGCACCCUUCCAAAUAGACGAAAUGUGUUUCUUACUAAUGAACCUUCAAGGACAAAAAAAAUUGAAUAUCAAAAUGAACAAGAUGUAAUAUUCCAUAACUUGGCUUACAGCAACUUGAAAAGUAGCAUUCUGCAGUAUUACAUUCCUCCAGUUGGAUAUUCUAAUCAGUUUAUUCUAAAUAAAAGCAAAAUGGAUAACGUGAGUAAUGUCAUAAAUGUGAAUCACAUGCAUCCCUGCACCCCGCAUACAGAAUGCACAGAACCAAGUGUAACUUCCAGUGAGAAGGAAAAUAUGCGUUCCCACGACCUAGGAAAAAUAAAAAAAUAUAUAUACACAUCUAAGAAUAAAAAGUGGCAAGAGAGUAAACAUACAACUGGAAUGAACAGAAAAUCAAGUGGAAAUAAGGGGAAUAUUCUAAGCGCAGAUGAAAAAACAUCUGAAAUCAGAGCCAUGUUCCAAAACGUAGAGGAAAAAAAAAAAGGAAAUUAUCAAUCGUUGGGCAAGAGGUCAAAAUUUCGUCUGUACAAUUACACCUCCAGUGAGGAGAGUAUUAUGUCCUUUUCUAAAUUUUUACCUGACUCGAUAAGAAAAAAAAAAAAAAAAAAAAAAAAUUGCAAAUCAACAUCCUCAAAGAGAAGGAAAACUAAUAACAAAGAAUCAGAACACGAUGCUAACACCAUUUUUAAUAAUAUUAUACAGUUAUGCAAAAAAAACAAAAUAUUUACUUUUAAAAAAACGAGGAAAAGAAGUGUAAGCAAUUGCAAGUUCACCCACUUUAAGGAAGAGAAAAAAAUUACUUCUCAUCAUUUUUUGCCUGACCACGGUUGUAAAGACGAGACACAAUGGAUUUUUUCAAAAAAAUUUGACAAUCCAUCCUCUGUAAGAAAUGUUUCUGCUUCUUCCCUCAAUAAUAACUCAUGCGAAAAUUCCAAGGAAAAUCAGUUGACAGGAUGCAUAGUUGGAAUGAAUAGAAAUGAUGUGUUGCAACUCAAGAAGAAAAGAAGCUUUAGUGAAUGUUCAUCCAUUUUACCAAGAAAAUCAGAUCACCAUUCCAUGACGAGAGUGAAUAAAAUAUGUAGAAUAAAUGCGUUCCACUUAUGCGGUGCCAAGAAAAAAGGAGCAAAUUGUGCUGCACCUACAAUAUCAAACAAAGUGGUAGAAAGUGGAGAGAAUGAAAAGACAAAGGUACUCCCAGUCUUGAUGAUUGAAAAAAGGGAGGAUGAGAAAAAACUACUGAAGAUACAAAUUUUAAAAGGAUUAAACAAAAGAAAAUACGAUCCAGGUCAUCUCGAACGAAUGGUUAGUAGAAAAUGUGCACCUUUAACUAAUCAGGAAUUGAAAAGUGUGUUGAAUAUGGAUGUAGAAAUAGAAGAAGAUAAAAAAAAGAAAAAUUCCAUGAAAACAAAAAAAAAAAAAUUCAGUCAAAACAACAAAAAAAAAUUCAGUCAAAACAACAAAAAAAAAUUCAGUCAAAACAACAAAAAAAAAUUCAGUCAAAACGACAAAAAAAAAUUUAGUCAAAACAACAAAAAAAAACUAAUUCCCAAAUUUAACAUUGCAAAAGCAUGGCCAUCAAUUUUGAAAGUACAUUUUUGUUUUCUUUAUCUAAAUGAAAAUUAUGAAAUGGUAGGACAUCUGUACAGACAUGAGUACAUAUAUAUAGAUUUUUAUUUAACUUAUGUGUAUAUAAAGGCACUAAUAAAAUUAAAAAAAUAUGAUUACUGCUUGGAUUAUCUUUUAAAAAUUAACCAAAUCUGGAAUAUCGAUCAUGUAAAUAUUAAAUGCAUGAAGAAUUUCCUUUUUGCAAAAUUAUAUGAGAAGUUAAAAAUGUACAAGCUCAGUGCAGCAGAAUAUUCUAAGGUAGUUUUUACUCAUGUUGAGAAACACAUAUCCAAUUUAGAAACUCAUGCACCGAUACACGAAAGGAAGAAAGAGUAUGACAUCAACAUGAUAGAAAUUCAUCCAUUUAUUUUUUCCUCUUUGGACAAGUUAAUAGGAACAGGACAAAUGAAAAAAUCUGAAGAAGUAGCAAUGUUGAAAUAUGUCCAGAAGAAUUACCACCAGGGGAGGAGAGUCAUAAAUUUUUAUUUCUGCAAAGUGGAUUGCAAAGACAGCUCCUUACACAAUCCGAGGGACUACAUGAACACAAAAAAUGAAAUAACGUUCGACUUAUCAAUGCACAGGUACAAAAAUGAGAAUUUUAUGAACAUGGUCAGGCAAAUUCGUUCAUCGCCUUUUGGAAGGGAGAAUGUGAAUAAAGAUCUAGCAAACUGCUCGAAUCCCACGAAUGUGCAUUAUACCAACAAUUCGAACAGCAAAUCCUAUUGGGAAAGCAAAUGUAACACAUGUAUAAGCAAUUCAGUUGCGACAAAUCGUGGGGACAUGGAAUACUAUAAAGAGGUACAUCCAUGGAGAGAUCGAUAUAUCGAUAAAAUCCUAGAUGGAAAAAUACAACGAAUGGAAAUGCAUAUGAACGAGUCUUGUCAUAUAGGAGAAACAAAAAGAAUCUAUAAAAAUGGAGAUAAAAACAGGGAAAUAAUAAUGUCUUACGAAGGUGAUAUUCCAGAAAAGAAAAGGAAAAAUAUAGGACUCUUACAAAUGAGUCGCAUCAAAAACAGUAAAGUUUAUAUAAACAUGAAUAAUCAUCUCAUGUGUAUUACUAGCGAUAGUGAUGAAUUAUUAUAUGAAGAAGAUGAUGUGUGGAAAACGGAUAGGUGUAACUUUAUUGAUCAAGAUAAAAGAGAAAACUUUGAUUAUUCCAAAAUGGAAGAAAAAAAAUUCAUAAUGUAUUUUAAUAAUCUCAUACAAAUGGGAUAUAUAAAACAAGACAACAAGGUUCUUAUCCAUUACGAAGAUUUGUGUGUAUACUUAUUUCGUGUAUACUUCCACACUAAUUAUAAGUGGGUAAUAAGGAUGGUUAGGAAUUUUGUCAGAAAUAAAUUUUCGAAUAAAAAUAUAUUAAACACGGCACGAACUUUUGGAAUUCGAUUAAACCUUAUUGAUGUUUAUUCUGAAGAGGGACAUAUAGAUGAUGAGGUUGGGUCAAAAAGAGAAAGACUAAUCCGUAGCAAAAUUUUUCCUUCACUUUGUGUUAAAAGAGUAAUACACUUAGGGGAAUAUCGUAUGUAUAUUGACAAACGCAACCCAAUUUACAGUACUUGCCGAAUUGGAAAAAUAACCCUGAUAGAUGUCCUGCAUAUCAUUUCAUUUUGCCAUCGAAAUUAUGAUUUUGUGAAUUCUUACUGCUUAAGUAAAUAUGCCAUGGGUAGAGAAAAUGUGUACGUGGAUGAAGAUGCCAUUCUCCUGUUCGUCACUUCACUCACAAAUUUGCAUGAUAUUUUGAAAGGUAGAAAACACAAAAUUGUGCAACUAGUACGUCUUUACAAUGAGAAGGUAAAUCAUACAGUGCAGCAGAAAGAACAUUAUUUCUCCAAGGGAAGUCAAAAUUAUAUAUAUAGGAAGGAUCAUCUUGAUUAUUACAUAUGUGGAGUUAUUUAUUUUUUAAAAGGAGAUUUCAAAAAAUCAUUUUAUUGCUUUAAAAAAUGUUUAAGCAUAAAGGGGGGGAAGUUCUAUCUUGCGUAUAUAUACAUACUGCACAUAUUGUCGUUCUCUUCUCCAAAGUGUGACAUUUGGGGAAGAGAGAAAAAACGAAUAUUUCAUGAAUGUAUCCGACUAAAACCAUUCAACAUUUUACCCUACCUAAUAUACUGCUCUAGCGUAAUAAAAAGAAUGCAAGAGGACUUAAAUUAUGAAAGAAUGAAAAAGGAUACAAAGGAAAAGCAAAAAAAAAAAAAUAUGAUCAUUCAUGCAACAAAUUUUUUAAAGGAUAUUUUUACAAAAGCAACAAAUUUGGAUGAUGAAAAUAUUUUUAUAUACAAUGAAUUAUUUGUUUAUAAUUUCUUACGAAUGAAUUUUAUUCAGUGUGAAAUGGUCUUAAAUAAAAUAUUUCUAAAACAUGACUUUUUUUCAAUCCCUUGUAUAUUUUUCCCUCUCUCAAUUCUCCUGUACAAUUCAGGUCUUUUUUAUUAUUUAUGUCAAAAAAAUAUGAACAAGUCAGAAAAAUGUUUAAUUAAAAUUUUAUACAAUAACCCUUUUGAUAUCAAGUCUUUAAAUCUUUUAACACACAUCUUGUUUAUAAAAAAAAAUAAGAACUGGAUACAUUUUUUUGAUUAUUCCAUCUAUUUGGAAAAGGCAUUACUUUCGCAAAAUAUUAUUGAUUUUCAUUCUCAGACAUAUUUAUGCAAGACCCUUUUUAACAAACUUACGGAGUUGCGCGAUCUCCGAUUGCUCGAACGAUAUUACAGAGCACUAAAAAGAGUUCGUUCUGUUUAUCCAUUUGUCAUGAAUUAUAUUCAAACAAGUUAUUCGUCCCAUAUGAUCGGAUAUCCGCAAUGUUCCGUGUGGGGAAAAGUGGCCGUUUAA